AUGACAACUAAUUUAAUAAGGUUGUUGAAUGUGAUUAAAAAAUUAAACUGUAAAAAAUUUCAUACAACUUGUAAAGUGAAUAAUUUUUACGAGACUAAUAGAAAGGGAGGAUUUCCUUUUUUAUAUGAUCCAAAGAGAGAGGAAGAACCAACAACAACUGUAGGAAAAGUAAAAAAAGCAUGUACUGAUUUUAUUCAUGAAUUAAAAUUAUUAAAAGAAGAAACAAAGGAAAAUUUCCGCAUGGAUCCACCUUUGUGUCAACGACCAGGUGAAGUUGAUAUUCAAUGGAGAUUUAAUGGAGAUCAAGAUGAAAUUUAUAAGUGGACUGUGACAUCAGAUAAAGAUUAUAAUUUAGGAUAUUCAACUGCUUCAUUAGAACUAACUCCAAAUGGCACGGGAUUAUUUUCCGGUGUAAUGGACACAAGGCCUGUCAGAGAUGGUAAACAAAAAGUUGGUGGUUAUUGUAACAUGAGAACACGAAUAAUAAAAAAAGCGUUUCAUGUACAAGAUACAUUACCAUGGUCUGGAUUUACUCAUCUUGUUAUGAGGAUCCGUGGUGAUGGGCGCACUUAUACGCUCAAUCUUCACCCCAAAACUACUUUUGAUAUUAUGUGGAAUGAUCUAUUUAAUUUUGCAUUAUAUACGAGAGGUGGUCCGUACUGGCAGUAUGUAAAGAUACCAUUUUCAAAAUUUUUAUUGUCAAGUAAAGGUAGAGUUCAAGAUAUUCAAGGUCCAGCACCUGUACAUAAUAUGAGUUCCUUUAGCAUCACACUUUCUGAUCAAGUUCCUGGUCCAUUUAGACUAGAAAUUGAUUAUAUUGGUAUUGAACAAGACGUAGUUUUCGACGAACAAUUUGCAUAUGAAUUAUAUAAACCACCUAAUCCGUAUUAUACAUAA